UAUUUUUAAAGUUUCAAAUUUUUGACGUUUUCUUUAAAAAUAACAGAUUUUUUUCAAAAUGACUUUUAUCAAGAAUAUGGAAGAUAUAAAAGGUUUGUGCAGGAUAUGUUUAACAUCAAGUGAAAACAUGAUUUCAUUAAACGAUAACCUGGAUGACAAAACUACAAACAGUCCCCUCAUUAUAGAUGUUUUGGAAAAUUUACUUGUGGUUAAGGUAGACGGUGAUGUUGAUUAUCCAAUAGAUGUAUGUCAUUUAUGCCGUGGAAAUCUUAGAAUUUUGUAUGACUUGAAAAUUAUGUUUAAUAAAUCCCAAAAUAUCUUACGAAGAUAUAUAUCUUCCCUGCAGCAGUUUGAUGUAAUGGAUCCUUUAAAUAAUAGUAAUAUUUUGACACUUUCGUCAUACAAAAAUGAAGACUCUAUGAGCAGUACUGCGAGUCCUGCAGGCAUGAAUGAAAUAGAAAAUGAUUCAUCACAGGAUAAUGACUUAUCUCAAGAUAAUGGUCAGAAAAAAAGUGUGAGGAUUCAAGUUGCUACAAAAAAGCCAAAAAUCGUCACAGUAAAAUGGUUAAAUGGGAAUAAAUUUCUAAUAGAAAAUACUAAAAAAUCUUUUAAGUGCACCCAUUGUAAUAAAGUAUUUCCGUCUGAAGAACAACACUUGAGUCAUUCGAGGACAUGCAAAAAAAAUAUAAGUUGCAAAUUUUGCAAAAAUACAUUUUAUUCCGAAAGAAGUCUUCGAUGUCAUUUGAGGAUGCACCAUCACACUAAUCCACCCCUUGAAAUAAAGUGCGAGAUUUGUAACAAAACUUUUAAAAAUUACAAUGCAAGGUCGUAUCACAAAAUCACAAGGCACAAUACAGAAGGAAAAAAAUAUUCAUGCGAGGUUUGUGGAAAAGCUUUUUACUUUAAAAAUAGCUUAAGCCAGCAUCUUGAGUGCCACAGUAGAGAUGUUUCUAGAGUCGUUUGUCCAAUUUGUGGGAAAUCUUUCCAUUAUAGAGGAGGACUUUUCUACCACAUGAAAAUCCACAGGAACGAACGCAAUUACGUUUGCAGUUUCUGCAAUGGCAAAUUCUUAAAUAUGGCGAGUUUAAAGCGACACACCCGGAUUCAUACCGGAGAGAGACCGUACACCUGCACUUUUUGCCCGAAAACGUUCUGCUCGAUAAGCGAAGUUAGAACCCAUGAAAGGCGACACACGGGGCAGAAACCUCACAAGUGUAAAUACUGCCCGAAGAGAUUUAUAACUCCAUACAACCUUAAACUACAUACCUCGUCACAUACUGGUACAAAACCGUGCGGCAUAUGCAGAAAAUCUUACUUGAAUGCAGAGGUUCUCAAAUAUCACAUGGAAAUGAAACAUAACAUAAAAGAAGUGGCGGUAUAAA